GAAAAACAAAUGCAGAUCUUCGUGAAGACGCUGACGGGAAAGACGAUCACACUGGAGGUCGAGAGCAGCGACACGAUCCACAACGUCAAAGCCAAGGUACAGGACAAGGAAGGCAUCCCGCCGGACCAGCAGCGUCUGAUCUUCUCCGGGAAGCAGCUGGAGGAUGGCCGCACCCUGGCAGACUACAACAUCCAGAAAGAGUCGACUCUUCACCUGGUUCUUCGUCUCCGAGGCGGUCAUGGUUGUUACCCGUACACCAUCGAGCCUAAUCUCCUUAAGCUCGCGCUCAAGCACAAUGAGGCGAAGAUGAUCUGCCGCAAGUGCUAUGCACGGCUUCCCAUGGGGGCUACAAACUGCCGCAAGAAAAAAUGUGGCCGCAGCAACGAGGUGAAUCCACACUUCUUACUUAUAGCAGAUGUUGCCAACCGGUCCUUCUUGAAGUCUCAUGCUUUGUAUCAGACCGUGGAUAACUGGGACACCUUGGCACAAAAGAAUGCAGAGAUUGCCAAGCAUCUUGAUCAAGCUCUCGCUGCUCAGAACAAGCUUUAUGAAGCUAACCGUGAGCACACGCGAGAGCUUUAUAAGAUGAAACAGCAUAUCAAGAACCUUGAAGAAGAGAAAACCAAGCUUCAAGAACAACUACGAACCACCCAGGCCUAUAAGUACUUGAACUCCACUUGA